CAAGACGGGUAGGCAGGGCUGCAUUGCUGAACUGAACACAAACCAGCCACUGAACCGACACAAACAACAGCCAAUUUGAAGAUAUCAAUCAAGUGAUCAAGUGGCAUCGUGGCAUGCCACCAGGUCAGUAAAGACUCACCUCCGAGGCACAUCAUGCCCGACACAGCCGCCAACGCCACCUCCAGUUCCUCCGCCUCCGCCGGUUCGGCCGAGCCCCGCGUCCACCGAGGCGAAGGGGUCGCUCCGCCCCAACUGCCCCUAAGCCCAGUGACCGACCUGCCCAAAAACACAGUCCAAGUGCCCUCGUCCCCUCCACCCUCUUACGAAGAAGUUCUAGCCGAGAAUCGUUUGGUGGCCGCGCGGGAAGCGGCGGCCGCGGCCGCGAGUGCGUCGGCCGGAGCAUGUGGGGGGUCGGACCAGGCGAGGGGCAGCACCGAGAAGCCCCCUGUGUCCAGCGUGGGCCGCACAGGGCCGUUGCAGAUUCAACACAAGUCGAGUAAGGCCUUGUACAGGGCCGUCGCGGCACAGUGGGGACUGACGUGCAAGAUGAGCGACAAGUGUCGCUGUCUUGACUGUCAAGGACGCUAUUUUGAUUGCGAGUAUGAGCAGAACGAGCAGGAAAAGACGGAUGGCGGAUUGGGAGCUGGCACUCCGAUGUUCAUAUCCGACGUCAUGGGUGGAUCCGUGGGCUGCACGUUGCUUUAGACUGUUUCAUUCCAACUGAGUGUGACCUGAUCUGUCUGUCUCGACGAAAAAUUUGCGAACGCGGUGCAGGAGGAAAUUUAUAUUGCUGAACGCAACCUGCGACGCACGACGAUGCGCCAGGUUGUCUGCUUGUUUAGUGUUUAGGAGUUGCGCCGAGCUCCUGGUUGAGGGAAAAAAAUUGUAAAUCUGAAAGGUUUCGCCGGAACGAAUGUACAAAAAAAGCAAGCGCAUGACGUGCAUUUGAUUGGUCUGUGUGUUGUUACGGAGACUAAACGGAAUUUCCAAAAAAUGUUCAAAAUUUGAAUCUUGAAAUUUUGUUCAAUUGGAAAAGCAGUCGUGAAUUUGUAAAAGGCUUAAAAUCUAUUUUGUGGCUGGAUAAUUUAAGAGACAAAACUUUUCAAGAACCUCCGCCAAUGCAUUGCAAGAGUAAAAACUUGUAACUAUAAAUGUAAGAAAAGAUUUAUAUAGAGGAAAAUUACCCACAAUGGAGAUGUACAUGUAUCUCACUGUCACACAGUUGACCAGAUUCCUACACAGAAAUAAAAUGGCAGCGAAAAUAUUAAUUGAGAGAAAAUAUAUGAGAUAUAAAAUAUUACAAAAUAACACGAGGAAAGAAGGCCUAACUAAAAAGGUGGCAAAAUGACCACUCUUUGGAAGCAAAACUAAAAAAUAUUUGAAAAAAAUAAUGGAAUAUUGGAAACUUUUAAUUUCGUAAAGUGGGCCAUUGGAAGAAGCUAAUUAAAAUCUUAAUAAAAUUUGGAAACUUUUCAAUAUUCAAAACUGGAAUUAUUAGAGGCUGGAUAUUUUUGGAAGUGGUUUGGUCAAUGGACGCUAAACGAGUGAAAUGUUAGUUAACUGUUGUACCCUGGUGUAUUAAUUAAUUACAAGGAGGGUGGAAUUUGGAAAUCUGAAUUUAAAGAAAGCCCCUCCAAUGGCUUACUUAAAAAAAAUCUGAAAGAGAACAUUCUGAUAGCCAUUUAAGGAUAAGCAGUUAUUUGAAAACGGGUAAAUAAAUUGCAAUUAAUUUUCGUUUUCAGAAAAUUAAACCGAAAAGUGUUGUUUGAUGUUCCUCUGUUGUAAAUUGGACAAAUCAAUGACUUUUCAUCGUUUCAAGCUUGUGUCUUUUGAUUCAGAAUAUAAUUAAAAUAUUUAUUACUCAUGCAAAAUAAAUGUAAAAUGUGAAUUGAGUCAAUAAAAUAAUGAAA